AUGGGGAGGAUGCACACUGAUGAAAGGUAUGGUGAUGAGAGGUAUGGUGAUGAGAGGUAUGGUGAUGAAAGGUAUGGUGAUGAGAGGUAUGGUGAUGAGAGGUAUGGUGAUGAGAGGUAUGGUGAUGAAAGGUAUGGUGAUGAGAGGUAUGGUGAUGAGAGGUAUGGUGAUGAGAGGUAUGGUGAUGAGAGGUAUGGUGAUGAGAGGUAUGGUGAUGAGAGGUAUGGUGAUGAGAGGUAUGGUGAUGAGAGGUAUGGUGAUGAGAGGUAUGGUGAUGAGAGGUAUGGUGAUGAGAGGUAUGGUGAUGAGAGGUAUGGUGAUGAGAGGUAUGGUGAUGAGAGGUAUGGUGAUGAGAGGUAUGGUGAUGAGAGGUAUGGUGAUGAGAGGUAUGGUGAUGAGAGGUAUGGUGAUGAGAGGUAUGGUGAUGAGAGGUAUGGUGAUGAGAUGGUAUGGCGAUGA